UGCUGCGGUGAAGGUGGUGGAGAGGAAGCUGAACGGCCUGGGCCUGAACUUGCUGAUAAACAACGCCGGCAUCUACACCCCCACGGCCUCGCUGGACACCGUGGGCGCCGAUGACAUGAUAAGGAUCUACCAGACCAAUACCGUGGGGCCAAUGCUGAUGUCCCAGGCCUUCCUGCCCCUGUUGAAGAAGGCUGCCCAAGAGAGCACAGAAAAAGGCCUGAGCUGCAGCAAGGCAGCCAUCAUCAACAUCUCCUCUGUCCUGGGGUCCAUCACGAAGACCCCUGAGACCUUCUUCAAGCCUGUCAUCUCCUACCGUUGCAGCAAGGCUGCCCUCAACAUGCUCACAAAAUGCCAGUCUCUGACCUACAGGGACGCUGGCAUCCUCUGCGUGGCACUUCACCCCGGCUGGGUGAAAACCGACAUGGGCAGCCAGGAGGCUGACCUGCCGGUGGACACCAGCGUGCAGGGGCUGCUGUCUGUGCUGCCCACCCUCUCUGAGAAGCACUGUGGGGCUCUGCUCAACUGGGAAGGUAAAGCCAUUCCUUGGUGACCAGAGGACUUGCCUCUGGGGCUGCAAGGGACCUGUCUGUGCCUCCAGCAAGUGUGCAGGGCAGCCUGUGACCCCUGCCUUCAUCUUGCUGAUCAAUAAAGCCACUUGGUACCUGUGCCUCCUCCUGGCUCUGGUGACCUGCUGAGGCUGGCUCUGCCCUGGCCUGGAGAUGGUCCCUGCCAAAACCAAGCUGGCUCCAGAGCAGGUCUGCCCAGCCUCUGCCAUGCUUCCACCCAGAGCUUGGUGUCUUUGCUGCAGGCUUCUUGGGGGGACUGUUCUGCACCACUGAGCCAUGGCCCUCAGCACC